AUGCCAGUCCAGUCUGAAGCUCCUGUACGGAGCGAACCGAAAUCAACACAUGUUCAGGACGAAGCUCUCCAGCCCUUCCUCCAAUCCCUGUUCGACCCGGCCGAUUACCUCAAUUCCACCUUGCCAUCCUUGACCUUCUCCAAUUCCACCAAAGACCGUAUUCCCCUUGCCGACCUAUCUACCCAGACCCAAACCCUCAUCUCGCAGCUCAAUGCGCAAACAUCACGACUCACAAAUACUCUCAAUCAGCUUACCGAUGAUAUCCUCCGAAGUGGCAGCAGGCUCGCCUACCAGGUCGAGAUGCUUCGAGCUGAGACUGCUGGCCUCACAGAUGCUUUGAACACUUCCCUUCAGCCCGACAUCGCCUUGUUCGCCCCUCAGACCCUACAGCAGCCCAGAAAACUUGACACCGACGACAUUCCCCCCGAACAAACCGCUGUGUCUACUCCUACCCAGCCCAUCGAACCGGACUACAUCUCAAAACUUCGCACACUCGUCAUGGUGCGGCAGCGUCUCGAUUCCGUUAUCAAGAUCUUUGGCGAGGCCAUGGCCUGGCCCAUUGCUCCAUCUGAUCUCGUAACAUCUUCGUUCAUCUCGGUAUCUGCUCCUUCAGCUGGAGGCCCGGAGGAGACACGUAACCGUGAAGAGAAGGCAAAGGAACAUGCACAGAAGCUGCGCGAGGAGAUAACUCAACUGCUCCAGAGUGCCGUCUCAGCAGAAGAAGGCAUCACUGCUGCCAUCAAGAGAGUUGACGAGCUAAGAGACCUUGCAAUCAUUUGGAAAGGCACUGCUGAAGAGAAGGCUCGAGCUCGUCAGAUUGACAGUCUUGAGAAGAUUAUCGAGGAUGAGCAAAAGGCUCUCGCUCGCAAAGCAGACGCGAAGAAACGUACAGCCUCCCCCGCAACAGUCGACUACAGAAACAAUAGUCCUUCCGAGGCUAGUCGUACCAGCAACCAAGGCAGUGGGUACGGCUUCAUAAACAACUUGCGUCGUAUCAAAGAUGAGAUCUACCUCGAUUGA